AUGUCUUAUUGUGUAUUACUAGAUCAAAUCAAAGCUCUCACCAAAUGCAAAAAUAAGUAUGUGGAAAAAGUCGGUGAGUAUGUGGAAAAUGUCGGUGAGCAUGUGGAAAUAGUUGGUGAGUAUGUGGAAAAAGUCGGUGAGUAUGAGGAGAAAGUCGGUGAGUAUGUAGAGAAAGUCGGUGAGUAUGAGGGUGAGUAUGAGGAGAAAGUCGGUGAGUAUGUGGAGAAAGUCGGUGAGUAUGUGGAAAAAGUCGGUGAGUAUGUGGAAAAAGUCGGUGAGUAUGAGGGUGAGUAUGUGGAGAAAGUCGGUGAGUAUUUGGAAAAAGUCGGUGAGUAUGUGGAAAAAGUAGGUGAGUAUGUGGAGAAAGUCGGUGAGUAUGAGGAGAAAGUUGGUGAGUAUGUGGAAAAAGUCGGUGAGUAUGAGGGUGAGUAUGAGGAGAAAGUCGGUGAGUAUGAAGAGAAUGAGGAGAAAGUCGGUGAGUAUGUGGAGAAAGUCGGUGAGUAUGUGGAAAAAAUCAUUGAGUAUGUGGAAAAAGUCGGUGAGUAUGAGGGUGAGUAUAUGGAGAAAGUCGGUGAGUGUGUGGAAAAAGUCGGUGAGUAUGAGGGUGAGUAUGAGGAGAAAGUAGGUGAGUAUGUGGAGAAAGUCGCUGAGUAUGUGGAGAAAGUCGGUGAGUAUGUGGAGAAAGUCAGUGAGUAUGAGGAUGAGUAUGAGGAGAAAGUCGGUGAGUAUGUGGAGAAAGUCGGUGAGUAUGAGGAGAAAGUCGGUGAGUAUGUGGAGAAAGUCGGUGAGUAUGUGAAAAAGUCGGUGAGUAUGAGGGUGAGUAUGAGGAGAAAGUCGGUGAGUAUGAAGAGAAUGAGGAGAAAGUCGGUGAGUAUGUGGAGAAAGUCGGUGAGUAUGUGGAAAAAAUCAUUGAGUAUGUGGAAAAAGUCGGUGAGUAUGAGGAAAGUCGGUGAGUAUGUGGAGAAAGUCGGUGAGUAUGAGGAGAAAGUCGGUGAGUAUGUGAAAAAAGUCGGUGAGUAUGUGGAAAAAGUCGGUGAGUAUGAGGGUGAGUAUGAGGAGAAAGUCGGUGAGUAUGUGGAAAAAGUCGGUGAGUAUGUGGAAAAAGUCGGUUCGUAUGAGGGUGAGUAUGAGGAGAAAGUCGGUGAGUAUGAGGAGAAUGAGGAGAAAGUCGGUGAGUAUGAGGGUGAGUAUGAGGAUAAAGUCGGUGAGUAUGAGGAGAAUGAGGAGAAAGUCGGUGAAUAUGAGGGUGAGUAUGAGGGUGAGUAUGAGGAGAAAGUCGGUGAGUAUGAGGAGAAUGAGGAGAAAGUCGGUGAGUAUGAGGGUGAGUGUGAGGAGAAAGUCGGUGAGUAUGCGAAAAAUGAAGAGAAAGUCGGCUAA